AUGGAGAUAGAGAAGGAAAUAAAAAAUAUCACCCUCGGCCAUGAGUUAGGAGCAGGAGCAGCUUGCCUGAAGUGCAAAGACAAGUGUGAGGGCUUCGAGCUGCACUUUUGGAGAAAGAUCUGUCGAAACUGCAAAUGCGGCAUAGAGGACCACGAUGUACAGAUGACCUCAGAGGAGAACAAGAAGGUGGGAAAGCUGUUUGAGGACACCAAAUACACAGGCCUCAUUGCCAAGCUGAAGAAGGAUGGUCUGCCCAGCUACCAGACCAACAUGGUCACAAUCACCAGCGUGGCUGUGCCAGCAAAGAAGGACGCAGCCAAAGCUGUCACCUACGAGUGGGCGCCACCCGUGGAGAACCAGAAUCUGGCUGCACGCUACAUGGAACUGCUGCCUGUUGAGAAGAGGCCAGCCAUUGGCACGGAGGGUGCAGAGUAUCGCAAACGGCAGAUGGCCAAGCAGCUCCCCGAGCACGACCAGGACCCAGCACUCUGCCAUGAGCUUUCACCCAACGAGGUCAAAGUCAUGCAGCAGUAUGUACGCAAGUGCAAAGAUGAGGCCCUGGGCAUUGGAGACCUCAUGCUACCAGAGGAGAUGGGUCUCCAGGUUGGCCAGGCCAGAGGUGCAGCUGGGCUGGGUGGACCAGGCGGGGUUGGUGUAGGAGUGGGACCAGGAGCAGGGGUUGGUGUGGGAGCAGGCCCUGCGGCUCAAGGCUCUGCGGUCGCGUCUGUGGGAAAGAUUGGUGCUCCGAGUGCACCAGGGGCCCUGACCAGCAGCGCUGCAGGCCAAAGCUAUUCGUGCCACCAGUGCCAGCAGCCCAUGAAGACGGGUGAGCCGGCCGUGUUUGCCGAGCGGGCAGGCUACGAUAAGAUGUGGCACCCGCCCUGUUUCGUCUGCUGCACCUGCAACGAGCUGCUGGUGGACAUGAUCUACUUCUGGAAGAAGGGAAAGAUGUACUGUGGCCGUCACUACGGCGACAGCGAGAAGCCGCGAUGCGCCGGUUGUGAUGAGCUGAUCUUCAGUAAUGAGUACACACAGGCUGAGGAGCAGAACUGGCAUCUGAAACAUUUCUGCUGUUUUGAUUGUGAUUGCGUGCUGGCAGGAGAGACAUAUGUUAUGGAGAACGACAAACCCAUCUGCAAACCCUGCUACAUGAAGAAUCAUGCUGUGCACUGCAGGUCCUGCCAGAAUCCCAUCGAGCCAGAGGCCCAGCGCGUGUCGUUUGGAGAGCACCACUGGCAUGCAGAGCCACAGUGCUUCCAGUGCUCCUGCUGCUCCAAGUGCCUGAUUGGUCAGCGUUUCAUGGCAGUGCAGGGCAUGCUCUUCUGCUCUGUGGAGUGCAAGAAGAAAACCGUGGCUUAG